AUGCCGCGCCGCGCCGCAGCCCGCCCGCCGCUCGCCCUCCUGCCCACGCCGCUCGCCCUCCUGCCCACGCCGCUCGCCCUCCUGCCCACGCUGCUCGCCCUCGCCGCGCCGCUCCGCGCCGCAGGGCUGGAGUACCGGGAUGCGCUUCCCGACUCCUUCCCGUCGGCGCCGGCGGAGCUGCUGCCGCGCUUCUCGCUGGAGCCGCAGGACGCCUACAUCGUGAAGAACAAGCCCGUGGCGCUCGCCUGCCGCGCCAACCCCGCCACGCAGAUCUACUUCAAGUGCAACGGCGAGUGGGUCAACCAGAACGACCACGUCACCACCGAGAGCCUGGACGAGCUCACCGGGCUGCUCGUGCGGGAGGUGCACAUCGAGGUGUCGCGGCAGCAGGUGGAGGAGCUCUUCGGCCUCGAGGAUUACUGGUGCCAGUGCGUGGCCUGGAGCGCCGCGGGCACCACCAAGAGCCGCCGGGCGUACGUCCGCAUAGCGUACCUGAGGAAGAACUUUGACCAGGAGCCGCUGGGCAAGGAGGUGCCRCUGGAGCAAGAGGUGCUGCUGCAGUGCCGGCCCCCCGAGGGGGUGCCGCAGGCCGAGGUGGAGUGGCUGAGGAACGAGGACGUCAUCGACCCCAGCCAGGACACCAACUUCCUCAUCACCAUCGACCACAACCUCAUCAUCAAGCAGGCCCGGCUCCUGGACACCGCUAACUACACUUGCAUGGCCAAGAACAUCGUGGCCAAGCGCCGGAGCACCACGGCCGCCGUCAUCGUCUACGUGAACGGCGGCUGGUCCACCUGGUCCGAGUGGUCUCCUUGCAACAACCGCUGCGGCCGGGGCUGGCAGAAGCGCACGCGCACCUGCACCAACCCGGCGCCGCUCAACGGCGGCUCCUUCUGCGACGGGCAGCCUUUCCAGAAGAUCACCUGCACCACGCUGUGCCCAGUGGACGGYGCGUGGACGGAGUGGAGCAAGUGGUCGGCGUGCAGCACGGAGUGCACGCACUGGCGCAGCCGCGAGUGCGCCGCCCCGGCGCCCCGCAACGGCGGCAGCGACUGCGCCGGCGGCCUGCUCGACUCCAAGAACUGCACGGACGGGCUCUGCGCGCACAAUAAGAGAGUUCUAAGCGAACCCAAAAGCCACCUGCUGGAGGCCACGGGUGAUGUGGCCCUGUACGCCGGGCUGGUGGUGGCUGUUUUCGUCUUCGUCGUGAUCCUCAUGGCUGUCGGCGUGGUGGUGUACCGGAGGAGGUGCCGGGAUUUCGACACGGACAUCACGGACUCGUCUGCCGCUCUGACCGGAGGCUUUCACCCCGUCAACUUCAAGACCUCCAGGCAUGACAACCCGCAGCUGCUGCACCCCUCGAUGCAGCCGGACCUGACGGCCAGCGCGGGCAUGUACCGCGGCCCCAUGUACGCCCUGCAGGACUCCUCCGACAAGAUCCCCAUGACCAACUCGCCCCUGCUUGACCCGCUGCCCAGCCUCAAGAUCAAAGUGUACAACUCCUCCACGGCCUCCUCCUCCAYGGGGCUCCACGACGCCACGGACCUGCUUGGAGGGGUCCCAGCCAUGGGCAUGUACCCGGGCGAGAGCACCAGGGACAACUUUGGCAACGUGCGGAGCAAGACCCUGGGCUCCCAGCAGUUCCUCAGCCUGCCCCGGGAACAUGGCAACAGCGCCAGUGGCACCUUCGGCUACCUCGGAGGGAGGCUCAGUAUCCCAGGCACAGGGGUGAGCCUGCUGGUACCGCACGGAGCCAUUCCUCAGGGCAAGUUCUACGAGAUGUACCUGGUCCUCAGCAAGGCGGAGAGCGCCCUCUUGCCCACUGAAGGCCAUCAGCCCACGGCGCUGAGCCCCGCGGUGACCUGCGGGCCCACGGGCCUGCUCCUGUGCCGCCCCGUCGUGCUCACCAUUCCCCACUGCGCCGACGUCAGCUCCUCAGACUGGCUCUUCCAGCUGAAGACGCAGUCCCACCAGGGCACCUGGGAGGAAGUUGUGACCCUUGAUGAGGAGACCCUCAACACUCCGUGUUACUGCCAGCUGGAAGAGAAGUCUUGCCACGUCUUGCUAGACCAGCUUGGCACCUACGCCUUUGUGGGAGAGCCCUACUCUCGCUCAGCCAUCAAGAGGCUCCAGCUGGCUAUCUUUGCCCCCACCAUCUGCACCUCCCUGGAGUACAGCCUCAAAGUCUACUGCUUGGAGGACACGCCAGAUGCACUGAAGGAGGUGCUGGAGCUGGAGAAGACGCUGGGUGGCUACCUGUUGGAGGAGCCCAAGCCCUUGCCGUUCAAGGACAGCUACCACAACCUGCGCCUCUCCAUCCACGACAUUCCCCACUCGCUGUGGAGGAGCAAGCUGCUGGCCAAGUACCAGGAAAUCCCCUUCUACCACAUCUGGAGCGGCAGCCAGCGAGCCCUGCACUGCACCUUCACCCUGGAGAGGUACAGCCAGGCCUCCUGCGAGCUCACCUGCAAGAUCUGCGUGCGGCAGGUGGAAGGGGAAGGGCAGAUUUUCCAGCUCCACAUCAYGCUCGGAGAGAAUGCCAACACCUUUGAUGGCCUCCAUUCACACCACAGCAGUGCUGUGACCACCCAAGUGGGACCCUACGCCUUCAAAAUCCCCCUCUCCAUCCGGCAGAAGAUCUGCAACAGCCUGGAUGCUCCCAACUCCAGGGGAAAUGACUGGAGACUUCUCGCCCAGAAGCUUUCCAUGGACCGGUAUCUCAACUACUUUGCUACCAAAGCCAGCCCCACCGGGGUGAUCCUGGACUUAUGGGAAGCCAAGCACCAAGACGACGGUGACCUCAACACCUUGGCCAGUGCCUUAGAAGAGAUGGGCAAGAGCGAGAUGCUGGUAGUCAUGGCCACGGAGGGCGACUGUUGAUGAUGCUCCUCAUGGUCCAGGAGGACGGCAUGGAGGGACGAGCGGGAGGACAAAGCCGAUGCMAGCCCCUUCCCAAACUGCUGGGGAGGGAAGGCUCCCAGUCCUCCCUUCCUGCAUCACUGUCAGCCUUAGAGCCUCAGCGUUUACAAGCAAUUCAAGUGUUACACAGCAUUCCUCCUCCUCCUCCUCUUCCUCCCAGCGGCGCGGGGAGGGCUCAGGGCUUCUCGAGUCGAGGGCUUUCCUUCUCCUUUCAUUGGUGCGGGUCCCCCUUCCCUUCAGUUCCCCUCCUUCUUCGACAGCGUCCACAUGGGGGGAAGAGAGCGGUGCGAGCUAGAGAGGACACUUACUCCUGCCAGGAGCUUCGGACAGCUUAAUAUGGCACACGAGAAAGAAAGAAAGAAAGAAAAAGGAAAACAAGAACAAAAAAACAGUUUCUUAGGAAACGCUAGUAAUUUAUUAUCCAGAUCUUUGGAUGAGACCUUUUUAGAAAAAAGAAAAAAAAAGAAAGAAAA